GCCAUGCUUCGCACCGCUUUCCGUCUGCGUACUGCCCUGCCGGCCCAGCGCCGCAUCGCCGCUUGCGUCUCGCGCAGCUUCUCCUCGUACCCGGAUCACGAGGUUAUCGGCCUGCCUUCGCUGUCCCCGACCAUGGAGACGGGCAACAUGUCCAAGUGGAACAUGAAGGAAGGUGACGCCAUCAGCGCCGGUGACAUCGUGUGCGAGAUCGAGACGGACAAGGCCGUCGUCGACUACGAAGCCACGGACGACAUGUAUCUGGCCAAGAUUCUCAUCCCGGAGGGCGCUGAGAACAUCCCUGUGGGCCAGCCCAUGAUGGUCGUGGUCGAUGAGGAGGAAUCUGUCGCCGCUUUCAAAGACUUCAAGCUGGAGGACGCUCCGUCCGCCCCCGCCGCUCCUGCUUUGUCGGCUGAGGAGAAGCCUCCCAAGAAGGAGGACGUGCCUGUGGACGCCAAGACCCACGAGCCGGUGGUGCCCCAGGACUUCCUGGUAACCUCGCAGACCACGAAGAAGACCGUGCCUGGCCCGGCCAUCCCGGCUGCUCCUGCCGCUAAGCCUGCUCCUGCCGCUAAGCCUGCUCCUGCUGCUCCUAAGGCUGCUUCCGCCCCGACUUCAAGCGCUGUGUUCGAGGAGAAGUGGGGUCUCGGCAUCAAGAAGAGCGCCAUCUCCACGAGCCUCAUCAAGAAGCAGCAAGCGUACAUUGCUCUGUACGGCAUUACCGGCAUGACUCCCGCUGCGCUGCCGGAGAAGAAGAAAUAAACUCGCUAGCGCUAGGUUUUAAAAAACAAAAAACCCGUGCCAAGAAAGAAAAAAAGGCCUUUUUUGUUUAUGAAAAGAAUGAAGCUGAGCUAGCCGUGCAAAUGCAUUAAAGGUGUGGAGUUCUGAGCUGCUAUUUUGCCUUACUGAGGGACGGUAAUGCUCAUGGAGUGGACCUUCUCCAAGUGGCUAAGCACGCCGAAUGCGUCCACUGUGAGGAAGUCAAACAGUCCCGGGUGCUUCGCGUCCAGAGCCUAAAGAUUGAAUUGCAGCAAGAUGAAAAUAAGUUAAAAUAAAAACAAACGACUUGGUCGAACUAGG